GAGAGAGAGAGAGGGAGGGAACCCGGAAGUGGUGGGGGGCGCGCGCGCUCAGUUUUCCGCCCGGAAGAAAAGGAUGGAGGAGCAGAAGGAAAACGUUGAGUUUCCCGGAGAGGCGAAGGAGUCGGAAGGAGGCGCUGGCUCGGGCGCGUCGCCGCCUUUUUACCAACGUAAGCAGCGAUGUAGAUUGGAUUGCCAAGACGAUAAUCACAAGAAAUCCAUGUCCAGUUCAAGUGACUUCAGUGACCCAGUUUACAAAGAGAUUUCUCUGACAAAUGGUCACAUCAAUAGAAUGAGCAGACCUGAACUUAGAGCUAAACUUGCUGAAUUCAAGCUUGACACUAGAGGAGAAAAGGAUGUAUUGAAAAAGAGGUUGAAAAACCACUAUAAGAAAGAAAAAUUAAUGCAGAAGCAACCUUCAAAUUCAGAGAAUUAUUAUGAUUACAUUUGUGUUAUUGACUUUGAAGCAACGUGCGAAGAAGGAAAUCAGCUUGACUUUACACAUGAAAUAAUUGAAUUUCCUAUCGUCUUAAUAAACACCCGGACAUUAGAAAUAGAAGAUACAUUUCAGCAAUAUGUGAAACCAGUGAUUAAUCCACAGCUUUCGGAUUUCUGCAUUAAUCUGACAGGAAUUUCUCAGGAACGUGUAGACAAAGCUGAUGAAUUCCCAAAGGUUCUGCAGUCAGUCAUAGACUGGAUGAAACAGAAAGAACUAGGAAGCAGAUACAGCUAUGCCAUAUUAACUGAUGGGUCUUGGGAUAUGAGUAAAUUUUUAAAUAUCCAGUGCCGUGUAAACCGUCUGAGAUAUCCUGCAUUUGCUAAGAAGUGGAUUAAUAUUCGCAAAUCCUAUGGGAAUUUCUACAAGGUUCCCAGAAACCAAACUAAACUGUCAACCAUGCUUGAGAAGCUUGGAAUGGACUAUGACGGCCGGCCUCACAGUGGACUUGAUGAUUCCAGGAACAUUGCACAAAUAGCAAUUCGUAUGCUCCAGGAUGGAUGUGAGCUCCGGGUGAAUGAGACAUUGUAUGAUGGACAGCUGAUGACAGUCCCUUCCUCUGUUCCAAUAGGGGGCGCUCCUGUACCACAGAUGCCUGGAUUUCGAUAGGCUAUAUCUGAGUUAUGCUCAAUUAAGGACCUUAUCCAAAACUAGCAAGGACGUCGGAAGACUAUUUCCAUCAAUUUAAAAAUUUGCCACCAGCAUUUUUAAUGUUUGUUCAUUUUUAUGCCUCUCUCCGUUGGUCAUAAUAAGUCUAAUGUAAGUUGUCCAAGUGGUUGUGAACAUAUUUUUUAUAAGCUAAACUAAGAAAGAAAUGAAGAAAGAAAUGUACCAUUUAUGCUUGACUGCCAAACAAAAUAAGCCUUACCAUCUGUUAGCAUUCAAUAACUUUGUUUGUUUGUUUGAUGCAACAUCACAGAUUACUUUGUCCAUCUUAAACCCAAUUAGCAAAAUUUCAUUUUUUCCCCAAAAUUGUUUUAGGGUUCUGCCAAGCCAAAGUUAGGCACUUUUUAGUCUCAUUAAGUUCAGCUAACACACAUGAUGUAGUGUGACUUAUUCAGGGCCACUCUACCUCUGUUGUAAAAAUGUAAGAGAAUAGGCAUAUUUCCUUAAUUAUUUAGUAGACAAUGUAUCUUGGACUUGGAUGUGAAUAUUUUAUUAGCUCAUUCCUAUGACCAAAAUAACUUUUUACUCUUUUUUGUGUACGUGUAUAUUCUAAAUAACCACAUUAUUGGAAGAGAUUGUAAACUCUUAUUUUGAAGUUUCAGAUCACAUUUUGGAAGUUCUGCCCUAAUUAAAAGAAUCCAGUUUCUAGUAAUACAGAAAAAACAUUACAUAUGUAUGUCAUAUUUGAAUAUCUGAAUGCAUAGCAAUAGUUGGUUUAGCCUUUUGCACUCAUUUGUUGAUUACAUUUUUAUUAUUCCCCUUUGCUUAGAUUAGACCAACCCUAUUUUAUCUAGAGAGUGAGAUAAACAAAAAGUUGUUAGCUCAAGUCAUCCAGUGAGCUUUGUGUUUGAAUACUGAUUUUAGCAUAGAUUUUCCAUGUCUGUCACAUUUGUUCUAUGCUUCGGUGUGUAAUAUAGAAUCUUGUCCUGAAUAUUAAGAUAAUUUCAUUUGAGUUGUCCAAGUGGUUGUGAACGUAUUUUAUAUGCUAAACUAAGAAAUGAAGCAUCUCAUGUUUUAUUUUUAA